GUUCUUCAGAAAUCACUAACACCUUGUACAACUAUCAUUAUUUCUUUCUACGCCUCUUUAAUAUAAAUGGCUGCUUCAACAAUGGCUCUUUCUUCGCCUGCUUUUGCUGGCAAGGCAGUUCAGGUGGCUCCAUCCUCUUCUGAGCUUUUCGGAAAUGGAAGAGUUUCCAUGAGGAAGACAGUCAAGGCACCAGUCUCUAACAGCCCAUGGUACGGCCCAGACCGUGUCAAGUACUUGGGCCCAUUCUCAGGUGAAGCUCCAUCAUACCUUACUGGUGAAUUCCCAGGUGACUAUGGUUGGGACACUGCUGGACUUUCUGCGGAUCCCGAGACUUUCGCCAAGAACCGUGAGCUUGAAGUCAUUCACUCCAGAUGGGCCAUGCUCGGAGCUCUUGGCUGUGUCUUCCCUGAGCUCUUGGCCCGUAAUGGUGUCAAGUUUGGCGAAGCCGUCUGGUUCAAGGCCGGUUCACAAAUCUUCAGUGAAGGCGGACUUGACUACUUGGGCAACCCAAGCUUGGUCCAUGCACAGAGCAUCUUGGCCAUCUGGGCUACCCAAGUCAUCUUGAUGGGCGCUGUUGAGGGCUACCGUGUUGCUGGUGGACCACUUGGUGAAAUCGUAGACCCGUUAUACCCUGGAGGAAGUUUCGACCCAUUAGGCCUUGCUGAGGACCCAGAGGCAUUUGCCGAGCUCAAGGUGAAGGAGCUGAAGAAUGGAAGACUCGCCAUGUUCUCUAUGUUCGGGUUCUUUGUUCAGGCUAUUGUCACCGGGAAAGGGCCAUUGGAAAACCUUGCUGACCACUUGGCAGACCCUGUAAACAACAAUGCCUGGGCCUUUGCCACCAACUUUGUCCCUGGAAAGUAAAUUUAGAUGGAGAUAGGAGUGUCUUGCUUGUUUGAUCUUGAGUUUGUAAAAUUAUAUGUGAAUUACUAUGACUACUAGAAAUUAAUAUCAAUUGAACUUCAGACCCA